AUGUUAAUUUUAUGGUGGCUGGUAAUAUUGGUUAGUGGUGGUGAUACCACAAAUGGUGGUGGUGGUGGUAAUGAUGGUGGUGUGAGAGAAUUUGAAAUCGGUAGAACUAAAGAUGGCUCUGUUACAAUUAGUAUAGAUAUGUCAAGAGGACAACAUCGUCCGAUGCAAUUGAUCUAUCCCGAUGAGAAUCAUCAGGAGUUGCUCAUCAAUCACACUGUGCUGGCUGCUUUGAACUCGCUGGAGGGCGAGCAGUCCGUUCUCGGUGUGGUGGGAACCUUUCACAGUGGAAAGUCAUUCUUGCUCAACCAACUGAUGGGCACGACCGAUACCUUCACUGUGGGUCCGACCGUGCACCCACAGACACUUGGCAUCUGGGUGUGGUCUGCAACGAUCAACGUCGGCACCGACAAACACAACCUCCUUCUACUCGACACCGAAGGAUUCUACAGCAGCAACGUAUCAGAGACCUACGACGCCAAGAUCUUUGCAAUCACAACGCUUCUCUCUUCACACUUGAUCUACAACUCGGUCAAGAUCAUCGAUCAAUCUUCACUCGAAUAUCUAGAGCUACUCUCUAGACGAACACAAUUGUUUGCUCUGAAAUCACAGAUCAAAUAUGAUUCUCCACUUGUAAAGAUAUUGGAGUGA